UUCUUGCAGCACAAACUGGUUUAAAGCUUGUGUGUGUGGAGAGUCAGAGAGUGGUUGGUUGUGAAACAGCACGCAGCUGAAAGUAACCCAUCCUCUAAAUACAGGCCUCGAGUACCAGAGACAAGAUUCCUUGUCUUUCGGUAGCUUCUGUGUCGUAAUUAACAUUGCCCUCACCUCUUGCAUUAUUGAGAUGAGAGAUUGAAGUGCCCUGCCCUUGUUGAUUACGAGCUAAUUUAAUUAGCGCGGUGCUAGCGAGUCGUAUUGUGGUAACAUGACUCCCCCCCCCACUUCAAUAUUGCUAGCUAAUUCUAUUAUCGCGGUUAACAUGGUUUGUACUCCUUGCAUUACUGAGUUGAAGUUGAUGAUGCUUCUUCAUCGUUAAUUAAUUCUGUUGCUAUCAGUUGUGAAUUAACUUUGUGUCGUUUCUGUGCAAUCAGAGAGAGGAGGACACUGACAAGUGUAAUUUCAACUGCUUUGUGUGCCGUUGCUGAACAACAAAUUGUUUGCGGUCUGUAUUUGCAGCUUUCGCAGUCUGGUCGUCCAGAAGAUAAUGUCUGCUGGACUGUCAAGUGUUGUCAGACAGAUCACAAGGCUUCGUCUUCAUGAGACAACAGACGGAAUUACUGUAGAUUGCAAGGUCAUUCACCACUCUAAAAUAAAGGGUCCGGUAGUUGCUUUGUGAGAGGACAUACUUGCCAAUAAAUCAGUGAUGUCUGUGUCGCUUAGUUAAGUAGACAAGAUGUUUGUAGGACUGAGAAGCCAUAUACCUUGACUGCACUGAAGAUAUAUGUAGGACUGAGUAGCCCUAUCUUGGUUACGCUUGUCUUUGAGACACGGCAAAUGUGGUGGUCCCAGUGUUCAGAAGCUUGAGGGCACUGGCAGUGUUCCAGUCUUAUUGUGUACCUACUCUACACUCUUCAUGUGUACCUACUCUACACUCUUGGUCUUUGUAGCCCUGCGUGCCCUACACACCCCACCCUCCAUCUCCCCCAGGUGUACGCUCAGGGUUCCCCUCUCUCUUUUCUUCUUGUUUGCUGACAGUCCGGGUGUGAGACAUGCCAGAGCCUGUCACCUUGUCUGUAUCCAGGUACAGUUGAAAGCGACCUGACGGCUCACCUUGUUGACGAGCCUGACAUUUCCAUAAAGGUGACGAAACAGACGCUGUACUGUGGUCAGUCCAUUCAACGACCCUCCUACCCGUCCAUGUUUCCCGCUUUUCUGGCCUUUUUGGGGUCAGAGGCAAAGUCCCGGCUAUUGGUCGGUGCACGCAAGAUAAAUGUGCUGAUAAUAAUUCAAUCAGCUUGCCCUUUCAGCCAGUACUCACUCACCCUCGGGUGUACCAGGAGUAAAAGACGGUCGUCUGGCAACGGAAGUCUGCAUUGUUGUUACGCGACGACGCAAACGUCCACAACGACUGCAGGGUCCGGCACCCGACCGAACUGUUCGUGUGCACAGUAUUGUGGACAAGGUGUAGGUGCUCAAGACAAGGAGUACUGUAGGUCAGAUUUCAAAGUACCGUGGACAAGGUGUCGGAUUUCUCUAGGAACAGGUAUCAAGAGCCCUGUCAAGGGGAGAGAGUUGCACAGAGGUGUACAAACAAGAUGUACAGAGCCAAGACUUCCUACGACUUCUAUGACGACGAACUUGAUGAUGAUGUGCAAGGGCUGCCCUUCACACCGUUGUCGCUACGCCGGACACCCACAGGUGUGUUUCGAUCCCCAUCCCCUCCAUGGUCACCACGUGGCGAGCAGUACGUGUCUCGACCUCGCUCGCGCACGCCCUUGACCCUGCCUGGCGCUGACACCGACAUGGGGUGGCCACGUCAGGUCAAUGACACUGGUGCUCCUGACAAUCCUUACACGUGUCCUAUGGACCCUGUCAACAGACAAUACUACUACCGCCAGUGGCGAAGGAAUCCACCGCGCCCCCUCAUGCCUGUCUAUCGGGAAGGACGGUUGGGGGGACCCUGGCGACAUAUCAAGGCCUGCGUUAACAGCGUCGGAAGCCAUUUUGCUUUCAUUGAUGGCAAUGUCAAGUCAGAAGAGAACUUCUUCUACCCCCCGGAGAGCACUCUGGAGCCACCCAGCUCUUCGUUCUACGUCACGCCCCGUCUCGUGCCCCUACAAAAGUCGAGCAGCUCGCCCCCGACACGUCGUUCAGUGGAGCGAGACAGCGCCUACAGUCAGCGAGCUCGCUGUGGCUUCAAGUACUGGCCACAGGAACCCAAACCCAUCGACUGUGCAGUGUUUUCCCACCGCAGCGCUAAUUACACCUCCCAUGAUGACUGGUAAAGACACUUGGGUGGCAGCCCGCUACAGGCAGAAAGCUAGGAUGAUGUCACUUGGACUCACCUGUACCAGCUAAGCCUUCGACCUCUUCCUCCUCAGACCUGUGGUACCAGACAGAUUCUGGCUUUAGGAGAUUCAUCACCAAGUUCAUAGCUCAUCAGUAUUUUACUAUUUAUGAAACGAAUGAAGUCUGCAUGCCAUCAUUAAAACUGGUAACAUAUCCUGAUUUUUACCUUAUCAGUAUUGUAAAGACAUUAAAUUUAUAAAUGUUUUUGUAUUAUAAAUAGAUUAGUAAUGUCUGAAAUGUUAGCACUUAAUAGCAUUGGUGUUCAAGGAAUGUAUGUACAAAGCUGAAAUCGCCUGUCACCAUGACAGUGACAAACAGGUGUCAUAGGUUCAAAUCUUGGCUGGACAGGACAUGUGUUUAUAGGGUUGAGCGUUGAUGGUUUCCGCCACAGUAUGUGUGUGAGAGAGAGACUGAAUAAGUAAUUAUGAUUUGAGUGAUGUUGAAUGAAUUAGUAAGACACAUUUGAUGUCUAUUGAUAAGUGUCUGUGUGACUUCACGCGUGUAGACACCUUGAAUGUGCCUUUGUUGGUGGGGUUAGCCAUUCUCUAUUAUUAUUAUUGUAAAAUGUGCAUACAUUCAGCUACUAGAUGUUGCCUUUAAUAAAAAAAAUAUCUCCCAA